AUGGGGGACCGGGGCGCUGGGCACGCUGCGCCCACGCCGCUGGAGGAGAUCGCCAGCAGAAUCUCUGACCUGAGCAAAUGGAGAGAAAUCUUUAGUUUCCGUGGCUUGGAAAUCAACAGCAGGACUCAUCAGCAAGGACGGAGCAGCGCCGGCCAUGGAGCGCCCGGGGCCGGGGAGUCCCCGGGGUCACAGCCCCCCUGCACCGUCCCGCAGCCCCUCCUGCUCCCUCAGAGCGCGGGCGGCCGCCCCAUCUCCCCGGACACGGCGAUGAGGCUGCAGCAGCUGCUCUUCGGGAACACGGCCCCCCUCUUCAGCUGCGAGUGGGCAGCAGCACACUUCAGGUUCCGCCCGCCGCACUCCGACCUGGCCUACGCGCUGCAGGCAGGACAGGGAGGAACAAGAGCCAUUCUGGCGGCUGUGCAAGCACACAUCAUCUCAUACCUGCUCUUCACGAGAGAGACAGAAUGUACUCACUUGGAAAGGCUGUGCCGGGUCGGGCGGCGGGAGCAGGGGCAGGCGCUGGCCACGGCCCUGGCAGAGACCCUGUGGGCAGCAGGAGGAGGUGGCAGGGCUGUCGUGUGCCUCGUCACUGCCCCUAUCACCACGAUGCCACGUGAAGGCUACAGAGCCAGCAGCUUGGCAGAGAGAAUCCGGCUGUUCGAGUUCUCGGAGAAAGCGGCUGCUCAGGGGUUCAUCUCUGAUCACAUAGACUGUUUCCAAGGUGAAGGAAGCCAUGGAGUGAUCCUAUUUUUAUACAGUUUACUUUUCUCUAGGACAUUUGAAAGGGUCCAAGAGGAUUUGGGUGACACAGCUCCUCUGUUGAACAUCAGUUCUGGAAACGUCACCUGCACAGAGGCCGUGCUCAGCCUGCUCCUGACCGGACGGGCGAGCCCGCGGCAGCUCGGCGGCGGCCGGGAGCCGGAGCCCGGCGCGGGGCACGGCGGCGGCGAGGCGCGGCGGCAGCGGGGCCCCGUGGGCUUCCUGCGCUGGGAGCGGGCGCCGCCGGAGCGGCAGGUGAGCCCCGGGCUGCGGACGCCCCGGCUGCCCGUGUGGCUGUGCAGCCUCUCGGGCAGGCACGGCGUGCUCUUCGGCACCGACAGCCGGCUGCUCUCCGACUGGAAAUGCGAGAGGGUUUUCCACCUGUACUUCUACAGCGGGCAGCAGGAGCAGACCCAAACUGCCCGCCUGACGAUAGACACUCAUUCGCAUCACUGGGAAGAGGCUCAGAGAGAAGGCCCCUGCAGCCCAGGGAAGAGGCGCCCAGCCCUGGAGAUGGCCAUCAGGACCAAGUGGGCAGGUGCGACCGUCAGCUGGAACGGGACAGACCCCUUCUACUGAGGAGUGAGCAGGAUGGACCCCUGCUCCCCAAGGGUACUGGCAUCUCUCUCCCACACACUGCCAGCUGCACUGGUCACUGCAGUCUGGAGGACAAAAAGCUCUCUCCCCAAUCAAACAGCCUUUGGUGCGU